AUGAACCCCAGCAAUCAAUCACAGCACAACAACGGCCCCGACAUUCCCGACUUCAAACUUGCCCUGUCGCUCUCACCUCCUAUGAUUACCGACAGCCAACUCUACUCGCUCGCCAUCUUCCUCGGAAGCGCUGCUAUGAUGCUCAUCGUGCUAUAUCAUUUCCUCGAGGUCAACUCGGAAGACCACAAGGUCCAGGAGAAACCCAAUUCCGCAGCGGGCAAGUCAAAGGCCAAGGCAUAAGGGAUAUCACAUUUUACUGGCACCAGGGAAUUAAGAAUGCUGCAAAGGCAUGCAGGGGACGGAGAGGAAACUAUACCAUUCACACAUCAAGAAGACGCAUGUCAAACACCAGCAUGGAGUUAUGGCGUACACCACAUGGCACAUGUCACAACCAGACCAUGAGCCCGGACGGAUACAUGGGACCGUGUUCUGCUUAUCACACCUGUAUAAUACCAUAUUCGAUUAAGCAAGAUAUGGCAUGUACUGUGUUUUCAUUUACUUCAACUAUGUACUCGACAAAGCCAACCAAAUGCGUGAAGCUUUCUCAGUGGGUAUACGCGUAAUUGUCAGAGAUACAAAAAAACAAUAGCAGAUGAGAUCCCAUCGCCUAAAGACACUACCAUCUCCGUUAAUAUUCUGCAUCGACUAGCUCCUCUUCUGUCUCCUCAGUCUCAAUGAGGCCUCUUCUGCGUUUCUCGUUCACCAGCGUCGCACCUCCGCGAUCCAUGCCCGGCCCUCCAAUGCGCUUCUUAUGCGACACGAGUCUAUCAUGUGCAUCACGAGCUUCUUGUUCUGCCGUAUAUUUUGCUGGACGCCCACGACCCCGAUGGGCAACUGCCGACGGCUGUGGUGACCACGAUGAACGAAUUGCCUCUAAACGUUCUGGUUCGACGGUAAUCCGUGGAGUGACUUGUCGACCUUGUGCAUCGUUCAGAUACGACUCCACCUCAGAAUCAUGUGAAUCUAGAUUAUUAAGUGUUAGAUAAGAUGUACGAACUCAAUCCAUCUAAAGCAAACGCCCUCUAACUAUCUUCCUUACCAGAGAGACCCCCGGCUGGUCCGUCACCGAGCUUCCAUGACAAAUCACUGAAGUGGUUCUGCUGUAGAUGGCCGCGCCAGUCACUCUCUAGGUCAAAAGAAAAUGGCCGGUGACGUUCGAGUCUCAUAUUGGUCAUGGGAUCAAAGUUGGUGACUUCUUUGCCACAGUCGUCCCAUAGGCACUCUAGAGUUUUCCGGUGCGUCUCCUUCCGAUGUACCUUGAAGACGUGUUUUUGCAACGUUUCCAGGUUGUGCAAAAUGGCCUUGCAAUUUUGCCACUUGCAAUUGUACACCGGAUACUGGCGAACAACACUCGGCGACCUGGAAUCGAUGCGAAUUGACUCGUUGCUCUGGCCCGUGGAAACAUUGCGCAAAGAGCUCGGUUGCGGAGGUUGGUAACUCAACGAGCCGGUUUGACCAUUUGCGCCUGUGCGAGAUUGUGCUGCAGCAGAUCCAUGAAUCGCUUUCCUCCAUCCAACUGGACGACCCUUCUUCUUGGGAAGCGGUUUUCCAUCAGGGCCGUACUUAGUGGCUGAACGGAAAGCUUGGUAUCCUACUCCACCAGCAGCACCGCUAGACGGACGAGGAGCACUGGAAUUCAUCGGCGCGAAAUUAAUUGGACGUUUGGGUGUUGUCGGGCCUGCACCGUCUGGGAAAGAAUGUCGAGGAGGUCGACCGCGGCGCUUUUGCUUGAACGGAUUGAUUGCUUCUGGUAAAGCUUGGACCCUGGCUUGCGCCCCACCUUCACCGCCAAUCGCGUUGGUCGGAGCUCGGGGGGCCUGUGCUCUCUCGUCCUCAUCCGAAUC